AAAAUUGAUCAUCAGAAACAAAAACAUGUGUCAUUCUACUUCUCAUCACGUAUUUAUCAUUUUCAUCUUACUGAUCAUACAAAUACAACACCCAACUGCCCGCGCACAACAAUAUCGCUUGCAUUUAUGUUCACUAGAUAAUUACACUAGUAACGGCACAUUUCAAAAAAAUCUCAACCUUCUUCUUCCUUCACUGUCCUUAGCCGGAAACUCAACCAUAAAAAAUGGAUACUAUAAUGCCACCAUUGGCCGAAAUCUGGAUACUGUUUACGGGUCGUUUCAGUGUAGAGGUGAUGUUCCGUUAGAUGUGUGUCAAAAUUGUGUCAAAGUCGGUACCAAAGAGAUAAAAGAAGAUUAUAGAUGUCCAAAUGCUAGGCGAGCAAUUAUUUGGUAUGAUAUAUGUAUGGUAACGUAUUCGAAUAAUUCUUACUUUGGUAUUAGGCGAGAUAGACCAGAUAUUUAUUUACAUAAUGCUAAAAAUAUUACUAAUCCAGAUAAGUUUAGACCAAUUUUAAGUUAUUUCAUGAAUCGUUUAUUAAGAGAAGUGGAGUCCAGUAAUGGUUCAACCAAAUUUGCUUUUGGUAAAACAGCUUUUACAGAUUCUGUAAACAUAUAUGGAUAUGUACAGUGUACUGAAGACAUAUCAUCAAGUGAUUGUAAUCAGGGUCUUAAUCUAACUAUAUCUGAAUUACUAAAUUUGACUGAGGCGUCACAGGGUGGACAAAUUCUCAAACCUAGUCUUAUUGUGAGAUUUGAAAUAUAUGAUUUAUUUCCAUCUAUAAGUACUUCCUCACCACCUCCGUUAUCUUCUCCUGCACCGGUAACUCUCAUAUCCCCGCCAUCUUCAACCAGCACAACCACACAGGACGCAAAUGAUAAUAAAUCAUCCAUACUAGUUGUUAGUAUAGUUGUCCCGGCAGUUAUUGCAGCACUUUGUGCCAUUUCCAUUUGGUUCUUCUGUUUCCGGAAGAAACAAAAAAGAAGGACAGAUAUUUUUGACGAUGUCGAUGAGGAGAUUCAAAGUGUAGAAUCUUUGCAAUUCAACUUCAGCACAAUAAGUGCUGCAACAAAUACUUUUUCCGAAGCUAAUAAACUCGGAGAAGGUGGGUUUGGCCCUGUAUACAAGGGUACACUAUCAAACCAGCAACAUAUAGCGGUGAAGAGGCUAUCUGAAAAUUCAGGACAAGGUGACCAAGAGUUCAAAAAUGAAGUGACAUUAGUAGCUAAACUUCAGCACAGAAAUCUUGUGAAGCUUGUUGGUUUCAGUCUAGUGGGUGAAGAAAAGCUACUCAUCUAUGAAUUCAUGCCUAAUGCAAGCCUUGACAAAUUCAUAUUCGAUCCAAUAAAAUGUGCACAACUGAAUUGGGAAAGACGGUACAAGAUAAUAAAAGGGGUAGCAACAGGACUUGUGUAUCUUCACGAGGAGUCUCGACUUAAGAUCGUCCACCGGGAUCUCAAAGCUAGCAAUAUAUUACUGGAUAAGGACAUGAAUCCCAAAAUUGCAGAUUUUGGCAUGGCUAGGCUUUUUUUGCUUGACCAAACUCAAGCAAGUACAAAAAGAAUUGUUGGAACUCAUGGCUACAUGGCUCCAGAGUAUGUAAUGCAUGGAAAAUUCUCUGUGAAAUCGGACGUUUUUAGUUUCGGUGUCUUAGUUUUAGAGAUUCUUACUGGGAGGAGGAACAACAGUUUUCAUAAAUCAGAAAUUGCUCGGGAUCUUCUAAGCUAUGCAUGGAGACAUUGGAAUGAUGGAUCUGCCAUAGAAAUAUUGGAUCCAACUUUGAAAGACACAUAUUCUAAAAAUGAAGCGGUGAGAUGCAUCCAUGUCGCGUUGUUAUGUGUUCAAGAAACUGUUGCAGAUAGACCCACAAUGCCCACAGUUAUCCAUAUGCUCAACAGCUAUUCGGCCAUCACUACCGAUUUACCUUCAGAACCUGCAUUUUUAGCUGAUAGUACGAGACAUCCAACCCUAGGCAGUGCCAGUGAAGAACAAAGAAGCUCGAAGAACGAGUCAAACAAUGAAACAGCAACAUGGAGCGUGAAUGAAGUUACAGUUUCUGAAGUAUACCCUCGAAACAAUAUGGGUAGUUUUAUUUUAUCCAUCUUCUUCGCCUACUUGUUUUCUCUUUCUAACUUAUUGAUCUCCAUACAAUACACAACUGCACAACAAUAUGUUUAUCAUUUUUGUUUAGGAGAUAAUUACACUGCUAACAGUACAUUUCAAGAUAAUCUCAAUCUUCUUCUUCGUUCACUGUCGUCCAUAGACGAGACUGUAAUCCUAGACGAUGCAUACCUCAACAACACAAUUGGGGAAAGCACGGAUACCGUUUAUGCAUCUUUACAGUGUAGACCUGGUUUAGCUUCAUCUAGUAUGUGCCCCAGAUGUGUUAGAAUGGCUACCCAAGAGAUUACACGUAGAUGCCGAAAUUCUAAACAAGCAAUUAUUUGGUAUGCUGAGUGUAUGUUAAGGUAUUCAAAUGAAUAUUACUUUGGUAUUAUGCAGGAAAGACCAGGAGUUUAUAUAUGGAAUAAUGUUAAUAAUGUUUCUAUUCCUGAUCAGUUUACCACAGUUUUAGGCGAUUUAUUGAAAAAAUUAGUAGGAGAAACUGCAUCUAGUUUUCGUCGUAAUUUUGCUGAUGGAGAAACAAAUGUUAGGAAUCAGGCAACAGUGUAUGCAUUCGUGCAGUGUACUGCAGAUAUAUCUUCAAGUAAUUGUAAUCUAUGUCUUCUUGGAGUUAUAUCUGAGUUACCAAAUUGUUGUGAUGGAAAAAGUGGUGGAGGAGUCAUUAGACCUAGUUGUAAUUUUAGAUAUGAGUUAUAUCCCUUCCUGGGGUACAUUGAUACUCCUUCACCACCGUUAUCAUCAUCUCCUGCUCCUCUCCUAUCUCCGCCUCCUCCUGUUGCAACAUUUCUUCCACCGCCAUCAACUGCACCAAACUCAAACGGGAAGAACUCACCCAUACUUGCUAUUUGUAUCGCCGUUCCUUCAGUUAUUGUAAUACUUUCUGCAACUGCCUUUUGGUUCUUCUGUUUCCAAGCGAAGAAAAGAAAAACAGAGUAUAUUGAUGGUUUCAAUGAUGAGAUGCAAAGCACGGAAUCCUUGCACUUCAACUAUAGUACAGUAAGUGCUGCCACAGAUAAUUUCGCUGAAGCUAAUAAACUCGGAGAAGGUGGGUUUGGAUCUGUUUAUAAGGGUACACUUUCGGACAGUCAGGAAAUAGCCGUGAAGAGGCUAUCUAGAACUUCCAGACAAGGUGGGCAAGAAUUCAAGAAUGAAGUUACUUUAGUAGCUAAACUUCAACACAGAAAUCUUGUGAAGCUUAUAGGUUUCAGUCUAACUGGUGAAGAAAAACUACUCAUCUAUGAAAUCAUGCCAAAUGGAAGCCUUGACAAAUUCCUAUUCGAUCCAGAUAAAUGUACACAGCUUGAUUGGGAAAAACGAUACAGGAUAAUAGGAGGGGUAGCAAGAGGACUUCUCUAUCUCCAUGAGGAGUCUCGACUUAAAAUCAUCCAUCGGGAUCUCAAAGCUAGCAAUAUAUUAUUAGAUAAGGACAUGAAUCCUAAAAUUGCAGAUUUCGGCAUGGCUAGGCUUUUUGUGCUUGACCAGACUCGAGCUAGUACAACCAGAGUAGUUGGAACGCAUGGUUACAUGGCUCCAGAGUAUAUAAUGCAUGGUGAAUUCUCUAUAAAAUCAGAUGUUUUCAGUUUUGGUGUCUUAGUUUUAGAGAUACUUUGUGGAGAGAGGAACAGCGAUUUUCAUAAAACAGAUGUUGCUUGGAACCUUCUAAGCUAUGCAUGGAAGCACUGGAAAAAUGGAUCUGCUAUAGAAAUAUUAGAUACGACUAUGAAAGAUACAUGCUGUACAAAUGAGGCGGUUAGAUGCAUCCAUGUUGCACUGUUAUGUGUUCAAGAAAAUGUUGCAGAUAGACCGUCAAUGCCGACAGUUGUCCAAAUGCUGAACAACUACUCUGAGGUUAUUCCGGAUUUACCUUCAGCACCUGCAUUUUUGGCUGACAGUACGAGACAUAUAAAGCCCCACCCAACUAUAUAUCUAGGCAACCGUGAAGAACAAGGAUUCUCAAAGAAUGGAACAAACAGUGAAUCAGCGACGUGUAGUGUGAAUGAAGUUUCAGUUACUGAAGUAUGCCCUCGAUGAUGACGGUAAUUUACUACUAUAUUUUCAGAGUUCUUUUCUAUGUUGAUUGGCACCUUUUUCUCUUCCUUUUUUCUUGGAAAUAUUUGAAUUUUAACCACAAUCUUUCAAGAAUAGAAGAUUUAGUUCUCACGGUAA